AUGAGACCGAAAUGGGGGAGGUACUACGUGGGACCGAUACAAAUGGCGGUGUGCUAUGGUGUGGUUAUUGCGAAUGCCCUCUUGGGAGGCCAAUGCCUUAAAGCAAUGUAUUUGGCAAUGAAGCCGAAUGGUGAAAUGAAACUCUUUGAGUUUGUGAUGCUUUUUGGAGCAUUACUCUUGGUUUUGGCACAAAUCCCAUCCUUUCACUCUCUACGACACAUCAACUUCUUCUCUCUCCUCCUCUGCCUUCUCUACAGUGCUUCCGCAGCUGCUGCCUCCAUCAUCAUUGGACAUUCAUCAAAUGAACCGGAGAAGGACUAUGCAAUAGUUGGUGACAAGGAAACUAAAGUGUUUGGAGUCUUUAAUGCUAUGGCUAUUAUUGCCACUACAUACGGCAAUGGCAUCAUACCCGAAAUUCAGGCAACAUUGGCAGCACCAGUAAAAGGAAAAAUGCUGAAAGGACUGUGUAUGUGUUACACUGUAGUGAUAGCGACAUUCUUCACUGUAGCCAUCUCAGGAUAUUGGGCAUUUGGUAACAAAGCCAAUGGACUUAUCUUCACUAAUUUCUUAAAUCCUGAGACAAACCAUUACCUAGUUCCUACUUGGUUUAUUUUUCUCAUCAAUCUCUUCACCGUCCUUCAACUCUCGGCCGUUGCUGUGGUGUACCUACAACCCAUAAACGAUAUUUUGGAAAGUCUAUUAAGCGAUCCAACAAAGAAAGAAUUCUCUAUCCGCAAUGUCAUCCCUCGGCUUGCCGCACGUUCUUUUUUCGUGGCGGUGGCUACAAUCAUUGCGGCGAUGCUUCCAUUUUUCGGAGAUAUAAACUCUUUGUUGGGUGCUUUCGGUUUUAUGCCUCUAGACUUUGUUCUACCUGUAGUGUUCUUCAACGUUACCUUCAAGCCAUCUAAGAAAAGUUUCGUUUUCUGGAUCAACACUGUCAUCGCUGUGGUGUUUUCUAGUUUAGGUGUGAUUGCUAUGGUCGCAGCGGUUAGACAGAUCAUGAUCGAUGCUAAUACGUAUAAGCUGUUUGCGGAUCGAAAAGAACAGAAAAUGUAUGCCGACCAAUUUAAAUAUCCAGUAAAUAUUGUCACAAGUUCUGAACCAAAUACUGUAAUUGCUUUCGAGGCUACGUCUAAACCGGAUUGGAAUAUCGGUUUGAUCGGGUCUUUGAAAAUGGCGACGACAUUGAAUCGAUUCCUGAAGCAAAAAUGUAGAUCAGUCUCUGCUCUCUCGUAUCGAAACCAGCAUCAAGGGCUCUUCAACUUCACUCGAUGCGAGAAUCACGACUCUCUCCCUUCGCAAAUGCCUGCUCUUCGAUCAUCCACCCGCUCCUUCCUCGAUUUUUAUCAGUUCGGGAACAAGAAAGCAAUUGCCGAUGAGCGUGCUAGACUUAAUGAUGAGAUGAAUCGAGGAUACUUUGCUGAUAUGAAAGAAUUCAAGGAACAUGGCGGCAAGAUCGCAGCUGCAAGUAAGACUAUAAUUCCUGCUACGUCAGCCAUGAAAUUUCCGGAAUUAGCAGUGACUUUCUCCAGUGGAAAAAGCUUGAAGUUGCCUAUUACUUCCAACAGCGAUAAGGUUGAUACAGAGAGCUUGGCUGUUCCUAAAGUAUCAUUGGUGUGUCUGUCUUUCCGAGCAAGCUCUCAGGAAAUGAUCAGCUCCUGGAGUAAACCGUUUCUUGAAACGUUUGGCGACAGGAAAGAUCUGCAGUUGUUUGAGGUUUCAUUUAUAGACAAAUGGCUCCUGGGUUUGGCACCCGUUAAGAAACUACUUCUCCGAGUCUUGCAAAAACCAAGCAACAGUGAGAACAGUGUCCUCCAGAGGCAGGCUGUUUACUCAUUUGGGGACCAUUAUCAUUUCCGAAAACAGAUGAAAGUUUUGAACCUUCUCACCGGGUAUAUUCUCCUACUCGACAAAUUCGGGAGAGUAAGAUGGCAAGGUUUUGGAGCAGCAACUCCAGAGGAAGUAUCUCAACUACUCUCUUGUACCUCACUUCUCCUGGAAGAUCAAUGA